AUGUUCGAAGAGCUGAUAUCGUGUGCCCUUGGUGUCGCAACGGCAAUUGCGUGUAUUCUCGCCGUAGCCAUUGUGAUGUUUCCCGGACGGGCCUGA